AUGGCGUCCAAGAUGAUCGACAUUGGCGCGAACCUCACGGACGCAGUCUUCCACGGGCUCUAUCGCGGCAAGCAACAGCACGAGUCUGAUCUCCCGACCGUUCUUGCUCGAGCCAAAGCGUACGGCGUUGAAAAGAUCAUCAUCACGGGCGGAAGUCUCGACGAAAGCCGCGAGGCCGUGCGACUUGCGCGAGAUGCUGCAAGCGAUGCGUUUCCGCGUCUUUUUGCGACGGUGGGCGUGCACCCAACGCGUUGCAACGAGUUUGAGGCCGACGGGAGGACUCCUGAUGCGUACUUUGCAGAGCUCUUGGCGCUGUGUGAGCAUGGCACAAAAGAGGGGAUCGUAGUGGCUAUUGGGGAGUGCGGCUUGGACUACGACCGGCUCGAGUUUUGCGACAAAGCGACGCAGCUCAAGUACUUUGAGAAACAAUUCCAAUUGGCCGAGCAGACAAAGCUGCCGUUGUUUCUGCACAAUCGGAAUACAAGAGGCGAGUUCUACGAUCUCAUGUUGAAGAAUCGAUCAAGAUUCUCGAACGGUGUCGUGCACUCGUUUACGGGUGGGAAGGACGAGAUGGUCAGGUUGGUGAAGCUGGGGCUCUACAUUGGGGUGAACGGCUGCUCUCUGAAGACUGAGGAGAAUUUGGACUGCGUCAAGGCGAUCCCUCUUGAACGUCUGAUGAUUGAAACUGAUGCUCCUUGGUGCGACAUUCGCCCGACACAUGCUGGUCAUUGCUACGUGGAAACAUCAUGGCAGAGCAAGAAAGCUGACAAGUACAAACCUGACUGUCUCGUCAAAGGACGCAACGAGCCUUGCACACUCAUCCAGAUUCUAGAAAUCCUCAGCCGCAUUCGCUGCGAAUCCCGGGAAGAUAUUGCUGUCAAUGCAUUUCGGAAUGCCGAACGGGUAUUUUUCAACACGGAAUAA